GUGAUAUAGUUUAUAAAAAUCUUACUAUCACUAGAGGAAGUUAUGCACCUGAUGGUUUCAAACGAGAUAUGUUUCUCAUAAAUGGUCAAUUUCCUGGUCCUCUCAUUGAAUGUAAUAAAGGUGAUACGAUAGUUAUGAAUGUUAAAAAUGAAUUAGAUGAGGAUACUACAAUUCAUUCUCAUGGAAUCUUCCAACGCGGGACUCCUUGGUAUGAUGGUGUUCCUGGUCAAUCUCAAUGUGGAAUUCCAUCAAAUGGAUCAUUUACCUACACAUUUAAAGUGGAACAAAGUGGGACGUACUGGUACCAUUCACAUUCAAGAACUCAAUAUAUCGAAGGAAUAUUGGGACCUCUUAUAAUUUAUGAUCCUGAUGAUCCUUAUAAAAAUGAUUAUGAUGAAGAAAUUAUUGUGAUAUUACAGGAUUGGUAUCAUACCGAUGCUAAAACUUUAUUAGCUACUUAUUUAAGUCCUAAGAGUAAUGGAAGUGAACCAACUCCCGAUAACGGUUUGAUUAAUGGACACAAUUCUUAUAAUUGCUCAUGGGCACCAGAAGGCAGCGAUUGCAAAAAUAAUGCUCCAUUGGCACAAUUCAAUUUCGUUCAAGGAAAGAGAUACAGACUUAGAAUUAUUAAUACAUCAGCAUUUUAUGAAUUCAUUUUUUCGAUCGACGGGCAUCCUCUGGAUGUAAUUGAAGUUGAAGGGAUGAUGACCCAGCGUCUCACAGUCCAUCGCCUUCCUAUUAACAUUGCUCAGCGUUACUCAGUUAUUGUAACGGCAAAUCAAACCGUAGGUCAAUAUUGGAUGCGCGCAGAAAUGGAAAGUUUUUGUCAUCGUGUUGUACCAGAUAAUCUCAAUCCUCUAGUAAAAGCUGUUGUUGCAUAUAAUGGCAGUACUGGUCAAAGUCCAACAUCAACUCCUUGGAGUGACAAUGUUGAAAAUUGUACGGAUUUAAAUGAUACAGAACUGAAGCCCUUUGAACCACAAGAUGUUCCUAAUGCAGGCAAAAACUUUACAACAUUGAUUACUUUCCAUCCAGAUGCUCAUAAUGUCACACUAGGAUAUAUAAACAAUUUAACUUAUAAGAUAGACAGCUAUCCUACUCUUUUGAAGGUCUAUAAUGGUGUGACAAACUUCACGCCUGAUCAAGUAGUUUUCAAAAUUGAACAAAAUGAAACUGUAGAUGUAACAUUAUUAAGUAUAAAUAACAAUUUUUACUAA